CUGCCGUGCAGACGACUCUGGUACAGAUGUUCCAUGCAGAGACUCUGUGCCAACUUUUGUUCCGGCUCUUGGGCUCUACAAAAAUUGGAGGUCUGCUCUUCUUCAAGAACCUCGUUCCUUCUCUUUUCUCGAGCGUCUCAGAGCGAGAGGGCAUGCUUCCUGUGGGCGGAGUGAGUCCUGGGACUGUGGCCCUAUACUACAACGGCGGCGCGCUGAGGGCCAUGAAGGCGGCCGAGCUAUUCCUGAGGUGCGCGAUUACUCUGUUUGGGGUGCUCACUGCCGCCCUAAUAGGCUCCAACACCCAGACCAGGGACUUCUUCUCGCAGGAGAAGAAGGCCGAGUUCACUGACAUGAAAGCUCUGGUGUUCUUGGUGGCAACGAGUGGAGCAGUUGCAGGCUAUAGCCUGAUCCAUGGAGUCCGGUGUGCGUGGAGCAUGGUCGUCAAGGGGAGUGCAGUGCUGUUGAACAAGCCCCUGGCUUGGGCUAUCUUCUCUCUUGAUCAGGCAGUGGCGUAUCUGACUUUGGCGGCGGUGUCGGCGGCGGUGCAAGGGUCGGCCCUGGGGAAGUUCGGUCAGCCGGAGCUGCAGUGGAUGAAGAUAUGCGAUCUGUAUGCGAAGUUCUGCAAGAGAGGAGAGGAAGGCCUCGUUUGUGCUGUCCUGGUCUGCCUCUGCGUCGUCACUGUUUCCUCCAUUUCCGCGUUCAACCUCUUUCGCUUGUAUGGCGAAGAAGCCAAAGGCAGCAAGAGCGGCAGGACUGCGAGUUGGUAGUGAGAGCAUCCAUGGCCAUCUGCACUUUGAACCUUGUAAGAAUUUUCUAAUGUUGACGAAGAAGAAGAAGAAGAAUUUUCUAAUGCAAUAAAUGUGGAGGCUGUUGGCGUGUUCAUGGCCACUUCAAUGCACAUGCAGCAGCUCUCAGUGUCAUUAAUUCACCAGUUCUGGGAACGGAAUUGCUGUGUUUUUUUUU